UUAUAGCAGAUUCUCUUUUAAAAGUAUUUAUUAAAUAAUAAUAUUAAAAUAAUUUACAAAUAAAUAAUAGCAAUAAUGUCGGGUAAUAAUAAUAAAACAACUAUAGUUAUUGGUGUCGAUGUGGGCAGCGGUAGUGUCCGGGUUUCGCUUAUCAAGUUUGUAGAUGGAGUUAUCGAUAGCCGACCACUGGCCACACACAAGAAGUCCAUUACUGUUCACAAUACUAAUACUCAUAUCUAUGAACAAAACACUGAUGAGAUCUGGUCGGCACUCUGUGAAUGUGUUCAGAAUUGUAUGAAAACAGCUAAUAUUAAUUAUAAGCAAAUAACUGGUAUAUCAUUUUCGGCCACCUGUUCAUUGGCUAUAAUUGAUAAAAACAAAACUGGUAAUGAUGUGAUAAUGUGGAUGGAUCAUCGGGCCAUCAAUGAGGCCAAGUAUAUAACAGAAACUAAGAAUGCCGUUUUGGAGCAAAUGGGAGGCAACUGUUCGCCUGAGUUUUCGUUGGCUAAACUAUUAUGGACUAAACGACAUCAAAGACAACGAUUUGAUGAGGCCGUUGGCUUUAUGGAGUUACCCGAUUGGUUGGCCUGGAAGUGCUCUAACUUUGAAGCUACUGAAUAUCCCCGAUCGGUGUGUAGUGUUGUCUGUAAGUGGGGUUACGAUGCGGUCAAUAGACGCUGGAGGGAUGACCUCUUGCAGCUCAUUGGUCUCGAAGAGUUUGUUAAAGACAAAUCCAAAAUUGGAGCUAAAAUAGUAUUGCCGGGAACUCAUAUCGGAUAUGUUAGUAAAAAGGUGGCCAAAGAUUUCGGAUUUAUUUCAAAUUUGAACGAAAUAAACGAUGAAUGUAUUGAUAUAUCAAUAGCCAGUCCACUAAUUGAUGCCCACGCGGGCGCUCUGUCGAUGUGUAUGUUUUCACACGAGCUCAAGGAGGUCUCAAACGAGCAGCUGGACUACGAUAAUCUGUUUUGUAUGAUUGCCGGCACAUCGACCUGUGAUUUCAUAUCAACUCAUAAACGAUAUUUUACUGAAGGAGUGUGGGGUCCCUAUUAUGAUGCAAUUUUUCCCAACUAUUAUGUACGUGAGGCCGGACAAAGUACUACCGGUAUACUACUGGAACAUGUGAUAAAAAAUCACCAGGAUUAUCAUCAAAAAUUAACUGAUAAACCCAUCAAUGAUAUAAUCAAAGAUCUGAACAAACAGAUACUUGGAAAGCCAUAUAAAACUAAACUGAAUGUCAAUCCAUGUUUUCACGGCUCCAGACUCUUAGCCAAUCCUUAUAUGAAAGGUGGUUAUUAUGGACUGACAAUGGAUGGUAAUAAUAUCGUGGACUGGUAUCACGCAGCUGUCGAAGCUCUGGCCUAUGAAUCAAAAUAUAUUUUAGAUGAACUCAAAAUACCUGAUCUGAAAAAAGUGUUAAUAAGUGGCGGUUUAGCCAAAAACGAUGUCUAUAUGCAACUGCACGCCGAUGUCCUCAACAUUGAUGUCAUAACAUUUGAUUUGGGCGACGCCGACCUCAUGUUAGUGGGCGCCGCUAUACUGGCCUAUCACUCCAUUUUCAAACAGGACCUCAACACUAAACUCGUCAGUUAUCCCGAUUUGGACGCAACCUAUUUUAGACCAACACCUGAACUACAAGAUUAUCACAAAUUGAAAUACAAGUGCUUUAGAGAGAUGUUGGAGAGUGCGACCAGAAUUGAGGAAAUCAUGAAAGACAUACAUAUAUGAAAAACAAUUAUUUUUUUUAUAAUACUCUGUAAUUUGAUUUUAUUGUUUUGACGAAACAUUUAUUGAUUUGUGAGUUUGUUUUAAAAAUAUAUUUACAUUUAUUAUAUUUACGAAUAUAUAAUUGUUAUAAAUAGUUUUUAAAAUUUAAUAGGUUAUGUGUAGUACAA